AUGUCUGAGAUAAGUUCGAAGGGUAUAGUGGUCUGGACCGAAGGCAUGCAUAUGGGCAACGGCGACGACAACGACGAUGAAGAUGGGGAAGAAGACGAGGGCGAGGAUGCCGGCUCCUCGGAUAUGGACAUCAGCGUCGGUGAGGAAGACACCCUGGAUCACGACGCCCCCAACGGGCACACAACCAACGACGGAGCGGGAAACUCCCUCACCUCCUCUGUCCUGUCCGAAGUAUCAGAACUCCCGUCGUUAUCGUCGACGAAUACCAGCAAAGCGACGACGCCCGUCGAGGCGGAUGUGUCGAGGGGGCGAGUGGGCGGCGAAGGACCGCAAAACGCAUACCACCAGCCUUCAUACCGCCGCAACGUCGAGAGGCUAGCUCUCCAUAUCCAACCAAAGUCGUCAAUCCCCAGAGAUAUUCCGAGCCAGCAGUAUGCCAGCGAGUGCAUCUUGGCUGCCGAAAUGUCAAGGCUCAACCCUUAUGCCCUGCAUCCCGAAGAGUACCAUCUCUUCCGGCAUCACAUCUCCCACGCUCAAGUAACUACCUAUCUCAACAUCCGGAAUAGCAUACUGCGACUGUGGAUACGGCAACCUUGGGAAUACGUCACGCGCGCGUCAGCCAUAGGAUGUGCCAACACUCGUUGGUUCGACGCCGCCAGCGUCUGCUACGACUGGCUCGUCCGCCGAGGAUACAUCAAUUUUGGCUGCGUCAACAUACCGCAUUCAGCCGACGGCGCUUCGAACACGGAAGGGUCGCCGCGUAAGAAGCAGAAGACCAUUGCCGUCAUUGGCGCCGGGAUAUCGGGGCUGGGAUGCGCCAGGCAGCUGGAAGGGCUGUGCAGGCAACACGCAGACCGGUUUCGCGAGAAAGGUGACGAACCGCCCAGAGUGGUGGUCAUCGAGGGACGGAGCCGUGUCGGCGGCAGGGUGUACUCGCGGGAGUUCAAGACCAGACCGGCGGAGGCGGACCCGUCGUUCCAGGGGAAGCGGCAUACUGCCGAGAUGGGCGGCAUGAUCAUAACGGGCUUCGAUCGUGGCAAUCCCAUCAACAUCCUCGUCAGAGGGCAGUUGGCCCUGCCGUACCACGCCCUUUCGCCGGACACGACGAUAUACGAUACCAAUGGCAGGCCCGUGGAUUCGGAAAGAGACCAGCUCAUUGAGAAGCUGUAUAAUGAUUGCCUCGACCGGGUGAGCGAGUUCAAAUACAUGCCCCCGCAGUCCAAGCUCAUCGAGGGGAACCACGAGCUCAUGGACGAAGGCCGAGACAGCCCCGGAGAUGGAAGCAAGACCAUCAUGCAGGCCGAGGAGGCUAUGGCAGCACUACCUCACGCUCCUCCCGUAUCGAAGCAGAGUGUCCCAGAGCAGGUCAGCAUGGUGCCCGUCUCGUCUGAUAAGCUGACUGGCCGCGUGCAUACCCAGCCCGGUGUCCCCGCGACGCACAAAGCGUCCGACAAGGCACGGCUGAUGGGGUGGACGGUCAAGCCCGGAUCGGCGGCGGGUUCGGAUACCAUCGACCUCCGCCCGGCCACGACGGCAGACGGAGCCACACUCGGUUCUGUCCUCGACUAUGCCAUCUCCCAGUAUAAGCAGAUGGUCGACCUGAACGCCCAGGAUCACCGGCUGAUCAACUGGCACAUUGCCAACCUAGAGUAUAGCAACGCCACCAACUUACACAAACUAAGCCUUCCGCUGUGGGACAUCGACGCGGGCAACGAGUGGGAAGGGCAGCACACCAUGGUCGUUGGCGGCUACCAGAGCGUGGCCCGCGGCCUUCUCCACUGCCCCGACUCGCUCAGCCUCAGGGCCCAGGCGCCGGUCAAGGCGAUCCGUUACAACGCCGUAGACUACGAAGGAACGGCCACGAUCGAGUGCGAGGACGGCACCGUGGUCCAGGCAGACAGCGUCGUGUGUACCAUCCCGCUGGGCGUCCUGAAGCAGAACACGGUCAUAUUCGACCCGCCGCUGCCGCCGUGGAAGGCCGGCGCCGUUGACCGCCUCGGCUUCGGCAUCCUCAACAAGGUAGUCCUCGUGUACGACAAGGUCUUCUGGGAUUCGCAGAGGCACAUCUUCGGAAUUCUGAGAGACGCCCCCAACCGCCACAGCACGUCGCAGGGUGACUACUCGGGCAGUCGCGGGCGAUUCUUCCAGUGGUUCAACGUGUCCAACACGAGUGGUCUCCCCUGCCUUAUCGCCCUGAUGGCGGGCGAUGCCGGCUUCGACACGGAGCACUCGAGCAACGACAGCCUAGUCGCCGAGGCCACGGAACUCCUGCGCAGCGUCUUCGGCCGCGACGUGCCGUAUCCGGUCGAGACCAUCGUCACGCGGUGGGGGUCGGACCGAUUCGCCAGGGGAAGCUACUCGUCGGCGGCCCCGGGCAUGCAGCCGGACGACUACGAUGUCAUGGCGCGGCCCGUGGGAAACCUCUACUUCGCGGGCGAGCACACGAUCGGGUCGCACCCGGCCACGGUGCACGGCGCAUACCUGUCCGGACUGCGGGCCGCGUCGGAGGUGCUCGAGGCGAUGCUGGGCCCGAUCGAAGUGCCGACGCCGCUGGUCUUGCCCAAGGACUCGCUCCUCCUCCACAAGCGCAAGAAGGCGGCCCUGGACCCGCGGCAGGCGCGCCUCGACGCGUACGAGUUCGAGGUAUGGGACCACGUGCGCUCUAGGAUCGGCGACCGGCCCCUCCCGCCCAACAGACCGGCCACCAUCGCCUACCAGAUCUACAGCAGGGAGCACUCGGAUGAGGUCCGCAGGACGUGCGAGGCGACCCGCAAGGCCAACAAGACCAACAAGACCCUCUCCAACGACGUGCGCAUCCUCAUGUCCAAGAUGUGGAAAGAGGCUUCGGCCGAGGACCGCAGGCCCUACGAGGACAGGGCCGCGUCCAACAAGAGCGACUACGCGCACGCCAUGGACAGGUACAAGCGCCGGCUGGAGGAGUGGGACGGACAAGCGGCCGUCCUGCGCGAGGCGUACGAGAGGGAGCAUCCUAGCGUCCCCGGGCCGUACGAGGUUGCUGCUGCCAGGCAGGAAGGUGGGCAACAGAUGCAGUCACCAUCGCAGCCGCAGCAAAAAUAUCGCCGGACGAGACCUGUAAGCUAUGCUGAGCAUUGA